UUGCAGGAAGAAGUGCCCCCUGCCUAAGGCGAAUAAAUUGGUACCGACCAUUAGCAGUGUGGGCCUUCCUCUCCGAGAGGGAGGGGGGCUGUCAGUGCUGCUUUAGACACAAAACCUUCCUCCACCCACCCACCUUCUCCCUCUCUCUCCCACCGCCACGCUGCGGAGAGCCAGACCUGGGGAAGCGGAGCACACAGCAGCCAGCAUCUGGAGGAGCAGGGUCGCUCUGCUGUCAUCUGGCUUGGGUGAAGGGGGAGGCGGGGGGGGGGUGCUCUCGGUUUGUGCUUGGAUUAAAACACCACCCCAGACAAAGAAGGCAGAGGAGAGGAGUUUGGGGAGGGGAGGCAUAUGCCAGGGAAAGGCGCCGCUCUCAAUCGUGCCUCUGUUCCCAAGGAUUAAGGAAUGAAUGGGAGCUGCUUCCCCGCUCGCCAUGGAGAGAGGAGGCGAUUCAGGCUGCCAGGAUAAGGCUUCCUUCCUGCUGGGUCCCUGAAGCUCCCACUAGUGGCUCUGGCGACGCCCCGUGAAAGCACUCGCUACGUGGCCUCCAGCCUGUGCAGCUGUUGGAUCUCCGAACCUGCUUUUGCAAUGGGUGGGUUGUGAGCGCUGGUAAUGAGGAGCUGUGGGUCCAGUCAGUCUUGGAGAUGCCGAAGAGAAGAGACAUCCUGGCUAUCGUGCUGAUAGUUCUGCCCUGGACGCUGUUGAUCACCGUCUGGCACCAGAGCACCAUUGCUCCGCUGCUUGCAGUGCACAAGGAUGAUGGUGGUGACUCCAGGCGUGAUCUGGCCCAAGGCUCAGACUCCAAGGAGUACUGCCUGUCAGACCGCGACAUUGUGGAGGUGGUGAGGACAGAGUACGUUUACACUCGCCCGCCCCCAUGGUUGGACACCCUGCCCACCAUCCACAUCAUCACCCCCACCUACAGUCGGCCAGUACAAAAGGCGGAACUGACACGUCUGGCCAACACCCUCUUGCAUGUGCCCAACCUGCACUGGAUCCUGGUGGAGGACUCACAGCGGCGCACUCCUCUUGUCACCCGGCUACUGCGGGACACGGGGCUGAACUACACCCACCUCAAUGUGGAGACACCCCACAACUAUAAGCUGCGGGGAGACAUGAGGGACCCCCGGAUCCCCCGCGGGACCAUGCAGAGGAACCUGGCCCUGCGGUGGCUGAGAGAGACCUUUAACAAAAACAGCAGUCAACCUGGGAUUGUUUACUUCGCCGAUGAUGAUAACACCUACAGCCUGGAGCUCUUCGAGGAGAUGCGCACCACCAGGAAGGUGUCGGUGUGGCCGGUGGCUUUUGUGGGUGGCUUGCGUUACGAGUCACCCAAGGUGAAUGCAGCGGGGAAGGUGUAUGGCUGGAAGACUGUUUUCGACCCCCACCGCCCGUUUGCCAUUGACAUGGCGGGCUUUGCUGUGAACCUCAGGCUGAUACUCCAGCGAUCUCAGGCUUACUUCAAACUGCGAGGAGUAAAGGGUGGUUACCAAGAGAGCAGUCUUCUCCGGGAACUAGUGACCCUGAAUGACCUUGAGCCGAAAGCUGCCAAUUGCACUAAGGUAUGGACUCCUUCUGGUACGUGGACCAUAAGGACCCACGCUCCUGCAUCUAUCACUGAUCACAAUUGCAAGGAGAUGCAGGAACUUGAAAAGGGAGCAUAGGGGUUGUCAUAUGGGAUCAGUCCUAUAGUCUAACCAGGCCGGUAUCCUAUCUCCCAUCCCUCAGGGUUAGCCCAAUGCCCAUCCAGUCCAGUAUCCUGUCUCAUACAACUGUUGGUACCAGAUGCUUCAAGGAAAGACACAACCCCCUCCCCCCCAAUAAAUGGGCAGUUAUGAAGUAAAAUGCAUAGUGAGGAAGUUGCAUUUUAACUCCAGGCUGGCUUCUGCCCUGGAGUGUGAGGGUUUGUCCCCUCUAUAAAUGUCUGCUAGUUAUGGUUAUUCUACAUGACAUCCUUACUGUUUAUAUGAAUGUCUAAAACCUUUUUGGUCUCAAUAAUGUUCUGUGACAGUGAGUUCUGCAGAUGAAUUAGGCAUUGUGUGAAAGAGCUUUUCCUAUACGAAAUGUGCUGCCUUGCCGUUUCAUUUUCAUGUAUAAUAGUGAACACCAAAGUGAAUUUCCAGCUAUGCUCCUGCUUCUCAAAAGACGUUACAGGAAAACAUGGAUUUUAGAGGGGUGAGCAGGAAAAGAAUAAUGUCCUACAUUAUGUUGGGAGGCAGACAGGCAUCCAUGUGGGGUAUGGUGGCAGAGAGGGGGUCCAGGGUAGAGCUGAAGCGGUAUGAACCAAAUGGAGUUGACUGAGAUGUUGGCAUUAGACAGUCAAUCUGCUCUGCUCACCCUCUCUGCUGCUCUGCUUAACAAGAGCACAAUAAUGUGUCCUAAGAGCGGAGGGAAGUGAGAUCUAAUGCUGGUGUGAAUGAGGGGAGGAGGCAUGUUGGGUAGAACACACUCCAGAUUGAUUCCCUCUUAGAAUGGUAAAUAGACAGGAUGCAGCAGGCAAGGGAAUCCAGUGUUUCGAACUGAAGCUGGUGCAGCAAUGGCUAUGUGGCCUCUAGAAAUACACAUAGAAGAGCAGCUUUUGAUGUGAAGGUAGCUGUCACAGUAAAGCAUUGUGCUGGAAAGCUGGGCGAGAGCAAGGCCAGCUGCAAUGGGACAUGCUGUCAGGACUUUGUUUCCAGACAAGGGGGGAGAUUUUGUUUCUUGAGUCAGACAGGAGGUAACUUCUGUGCUGUGGGUCAGGAAUUGAAGAGGUGGCAGCAGGAGGCGGCUGUUUUCUCUGUGAUGUGGCAGUGGAGAUACCACAGGGACUCGGUUUUGAGCCGGAGACAGUGUGAUCCUGACCAACUUUCAGCACUUCAGGUGUCCUGCUUUGCCUCUCUGUUUCCAGCUGCCACCAGCCUCCCCUUCAGCAAUUAUCCCAUAACUCAUCUGCCCAGAGUGAGGUAAACAAAAACCAAAUUCAGCAGAGGCACAGCUAAGAGAAUUCAAACGAAUGAACUCCCUACACAACAAGUGAGGGCACGACAGCAGAGAGACGCCUCCCCUUCUAAACACUGGAGCUGAGCAGUUUGUACGCUCUGCAGGGGCAUUGCCUGCAGAGUGAUUAUGGCAGGGUUUAGGGUAGCUAAGAAGGGGCAAUGCAUGCCUGGAAACUUUACCUUGUUAAUGGGAAUGGCUCUGCGGUGAUCUCUUGAGGAGGUGGGUGGAAGGAGAGUAAUUUAAGCUGUGCUGAGACUCUCACUAUCACUACUAGUGGUUGCAGCCCUGAGAGGAAUGAUGGUUCAGGGAUUAGGGCACUAGCCUGUGACAUCAGAGAUCUGGGCUCCAUUGCCUGCUCGGCCACAGACUUCCUGUGGGACCUUGGGAAACUGAGGCACACACACUAAGGCCAUGAUCCUCAAAGGUCUUUAGGUGCCCACUGCCACUGAUUUUAUCCCCUUCCAUUUCCAUCUGUAAAAUGGUACUUUUCUCUGCUGCAGAGAGGUGUUGAGGAUAAAUACACUAAAGAGUGUGACUCUCUCAGAUAUGAUUGUUAUUGGGGGCUAGAUAGGUACACAGGUAGACAGCCCUUUACCAGAUGCCUCCUUAGAUGUCCCCCAUGUGCUGCGCUGGGAUUAAUUUUUAUCACUCUCAUCAGACUCACACACAGACUGAAGUGCCUGCAAAAAGCUUAUUUACCGGCCAAUAAGUCAGUCCUGUGUUGCUCUCCUUGGCUUAAUACCUGCCUGAAAGAGGGGGACUGAAAGGAAGAUCUUCACUGUGGGCACUGCAGGAAUUUCUAGACAAAAGGAGGCAGGCACCCUUGAAAUCCCUGCCAGGAGCUGCAAAUCCUGAGAGGAGAACAUGCAGAGAGCUUUCUCCAUGGAGAUGGGGGGAGAUGUGCUUCUCUGAGAGAGGCAGACUUUUGUUUUGAAUGGUCUGGGUAGCAAUUUAUCAGCCACAUUUAAUUAAGUUUCUAUAGUGGCUGCAGUUAAGCACCCGCCUUCUGCCCCUUCUCCUGUCUCUCGGCUGCCUUAUGCACCGGGCUCCAAUCUCAGACUAAAUUUGUGAGUUUGAAACUGUGUGGGUAUGGGGGUGAAGGAAGCCAGCCUGCUGCCUAGUGUUGGACAGGGAUGUUUUGCUGCUGCUUCCGAGGGGAUCAGAGAAAGGCAGAGUAUUUGUGGACAGAGAGAGCUAGUAUGAGAUGCCAGAGUAAGUGUGAUCAGCUACCAUCAAGGCUACAGGCUAAGGAUGGAGUUGAUGGGGAAGAGCGGUGCUUCCUCACUAGCAUCUGUGGAAGAACACUGCAGCGUUGCAGGAUUUUGCACUAGCUCUCGGAAGAGAAAUAAAUCUCUUCCCUAGAUAAGAUGCAGAAUCUAUGAACCCUGAUUCUCACCAUGUAUUUUCCAAGAUGUAGAAAGGAACUGGCUCCUUUUUUUUGGUCACAGAUCUCAUGUAGCUCAAAGUGGCCCUAGGACAGAACGAUUCCCGCAUGAUUCCACUCAUGAAAGCAGAAGGCAAGAGGGGCUCCUGGGGAAUAGCUUCCUUCCUUCCUUCCCAGAUUUCCUGUGAUAAAGUGUGUGCGCUGAAUGCAGUGCAGAUGGAGGGAGACAUCAGAUCAGCAAACUCCAUUUGUAUUUGUUCUCUCCCUGUGUGAGCUGAGCAAGUAUCUGCUAGGGCAGGUUUACCCUCCCUUUCUGCCUGAGUUAUUCCCCUGUGACUGGGAUGCCAGCUACUUCAGCGUCCCACAGGGCUGCACUUACUUGGAUUGAUUGCAAAUGUUCCUAGGGCAGGGGCGAUUCGAUACUCUAGCUGCCAUUGGUCACACAAGGCCACAUGCUCUCGCUUCUGGUGCCAGACUGGCAGAGUCGGACUCCUUAAUAUUCAGGAGGAAAAGGCCUGAGGAAGCCCCUGAGGCUGUGACUCUAAGGCAGUGGUUGCAGAUAAGCAGAAUUUAGAGGAAUUUAGGACAUGUUCAGAUUUCAGCCAUCAGCACCAGUGCAGUCUUCUAGUUCACAUAGGGCUAAGAUGCUGUAACCUGCACCAGGGCAAAACUCUGGUGCAAAUAGUGCCUUUGCAUAACUGCACUAGGGGUGUGUGCUGGUGCACUCACAACAGCAGCUGGGCUGGUAUUAACUCCCUAACAUAGACAAAGCCUUAUUUUAACCCGUUUUCUUUUCUGGGCCACGUAUGCUUUGUUUGAAGCUUCAACCCUUGGUCACAUCAGGGCUUCUCUGAGCCUCACUGGCUGGGGAAGAGCAUAAAUCUUGUUGUCAAAGUAACUAUGGCAUGGUCAUAGUUAUAAGAGCUACUGUCUGAGCUUUGCCUCUGCUCAGGGUUUGGGGAAUCCCCAUGCUAUGUCCAGCAAUGUCCCAUCCACUAAGCUAUCCCCCUUUCAAUGCAGCUACUUGUGUGAGCAAGCUUAAAAGCUGCCAGCUUGUAAGCACAAGCUGGAAACCUGCUUUUAGAGAGCAAAGUGAUGGCUUGGAUGUUUGCAGAGGAAGCAUGCUUUAAAAUCUGAGCAAACAGCUGUGUAAAUCUGAUUUGGUGUGUGGGGAAGAGGCAGGGUAGCUCUAAAGACAACCCAAGAAGCAGAUAACUGUCCAGGAUACCAGCCUUGCCCUGAGCCACUUGCAAAAAAACCCAUGUAACAGCAUAAAGGUUCUAGUCACAAGUGGAGUGUCUGCUUUGGAAUAAAGUUUUAAAAUGCACAUCAAUGUGAAUGAGGGGGUCACUUUGGAGAUGGGCCUAAUCCUCCCCUGCCUUUCACUUGGGGUUGUCACUACACCUGUGCAGAGAGGGUAGAAAAUGCCACCAAGUAGAAUGCUCCAUGUGCUCACAGCAGCCAAACAAUCUUAUACUUACAUUGCACUGGUGAGAUGUGUGACACAAGGUGAAAGAUGGGAGAAUUGGGUCCCUGAUUGUUUUCCCUUAAAUUGCACUGUGCUCCAGAGAUGAAAUUUGCUGGUGGAAUGUACUCGGUUUGUAAUUUCUUGCUACAAAACAGUGAAACUCUAAUGAGAUGAAUCCUGCAGUGGCAGGGUAUGGGGGUUAUCAACUAAGUCUCUUCCUUCCCUAGGUCCUCUGAUUCUUAAACUCAGUUAUUGCCUGAGUUUAAAUACAGCUGCAUGUAAUCAUGAGUGAAUGCUAUUAGAGAGGUUAAAGGGGGGGGGCACCUGAGAUUUGUAAAGUACUGUUCAAACUGCCGCUUGUGCUGAGUGCUGUUAUGGACACAAGUCUUUCUGCUGUUGCUCUGAGCACAAUAGUAAUACAAAUGUGAAAAUAAGUUUUGAGACAUGAGGGCAGACCUUAAAAGGCCUGUAGAACUACUAAAAAUACAACCUGUGUUGUUAUUACAUGUAUGAUCCACACUUUGUAUAUAGCAGAGGAAAUGCAUUGUCCUCAAAGUUACAGACAGUUGACUGAGAAAUGAAAAGCUGUUUCUGUACCUGAUUGUUGCUCUGUACUAGGCAAUAACUGCUGUGACCCCACUAAAGAGCACAGUGUAGAUACUUAAGUAAGACUUGUACAAAGGGCUGGAUAUUAUUUUUAGUGGCUGCCUGUUGCAAUCAGAGAUAGGGAGCUCAACUUCAGUAUUUACCUUGAUGAAAAAAUACUAUAGAAAUGACCUCAAGCUCCCUGCUGUUGCAAUUGAAGGGGGCUGGUAUAAAAAAAGGCUGAGUGUUACAAAAAGGUUCCCUUCUCUGACAAAGUGGUGGGGAAAGCAGCCCAGUCCAGGUUCUUUCCAGCUGUUGGAAGCAAACAACUAUAUUAAUGUCACAGAGAGAGAUUCACCUCUGCUGCAAGUGUUGUGCUGGCUUAAACCAGAACUGAAUUAAGCCUGUGAAUAACAGGGAGCUGAGUAUUUAACCACAGGCAAAGGUGCCAAGUUCAUUCUUGGGAAGCAAAACAUGCUUUUGCAGGUCUAAGGAAAAGCAAGCCAUCACCAUUGACUACAAAAUGGAUCAGGGAAGCUUGGAUAAAACAUGCAGUGUAUUGUCAUAGCAACAAGAUGGGAGCCCUCACAAGAUAAGAAAUAUCAGUGCAAACUGGGUAUGAAAAACGGGAAGCUGUAGGUCUGACGGGACCUAACUGCUACCAUAAUGCAGCUGCAGGGAGCAGAGCAAUAAGAAGUAACCUUUAUUUUUGCGUGGGUACAGAGUGUAAACCAGCUUCCAGCUCUGUCUGCUUAGGCAUUUUAAUAGAGCAGCUAGAAAUCUUUUGCGUGAGACAAUUUCCCCAAGUAAAAAUGGUUUUGGAAUACAUUUCUCAUUUGUGAAAGUUUUUUUUACGUAAAGAUUUCAUUCCUUCCUCUGCCACUUUUUCAGAGGAAAGCCCCAACAACUAUCAUUUUCAUUUUUAGAACUUCAGUUAGAAUCUGACAAUUCUGAAAUUGUUCACUUAACUAUUUUUUUAAUCCAGUUCUACAUUGUAUACCACACUGAGGUCAGUACAGAACUAUUUUCUAAUAGAGUUUAGCUGGCCACUCUGAAUAGGCUCAAAUUGGGUUAGAGGCUUUAACAGCAGCAGACUAAUAUGCUUUGUCUGGCCAGUGUAAGUAGGGCCAAACAAUAUUAAACUGGAUUAAUAGGGACUCUUUAAACACACACCCUUAAUGUAGAUAGUGGCCCUCUGGCUUUUGAUGGCACAGGACCAUGGCCCUGGGAGUUGGGCAAGCAAGUUAGUAGCAUCUCUUAGCGUAUGUCUACACUGUAGUCAGAGGGUGUGAUUGCAGCUCAUGUUGACACACCCCUGAGCUAGCUCAGGCCCUAGAGCAGCGAAGCGGUAGCAGCGUGCACUAAACCUCCUUGAGCACUUUAUCCAGGAUUAUGGGUAGACUUGUACACCCCCCACUGAAGCAUGCGCAGCUGCAGUUUCACUGCUCUGGGACUCCAGCUAGCUUGGGUAGAAGUACCUCUAUUAGCUGUACUUGAACAAGCUCACUAAAAAUAGUCAAGAUGCAGGGUGGGCUUCACCAGUGCCCCCAUACCUGGAGGAGGUGGUGUCAGGAUGGGGUGGGCUUAUGCAGCAGCAUACUCAUGUCUAGAGCAGGCACAUGUACCUGAGCUCCCAUUUGCACAUCUGCUUGCAAUGGAAUGUAGCCUAAGCAUGUUGGCGAGCUGUGAUUGUGAUGACCUAAUGAACAGCGCAGAACAUGAGGGGCUGAUGAGUGUGAAAUUUAACCCAUUGGUCCCUAGCAUUUUCAGCAGGGUUACUCAGCACAUGUACCGCAAAAGGUCCAAAGCAGAUAUCCAGCACUGAGUACUGUGGUCAACUACCCUUAAGCCAGUGUGAGAAUCAGAAAAGAAAGGGAAGAGAUCCCAAAGCAACAGUCACCCAGUCUCUUGGGGAUGCUUAGAAGAAUAAAUGGAUAGUGAACUCCAGAUGUCACUGACAGAAAAGCUCCAACUAGGAAGUGAGAGCCCCUCCACUUCUGCUUUUUCAAAGGUACUGAUUCCUUCUGCGAAUCAGGCCUGGGAUGGCUUCAGUGCAUGUAGAUGGUGGUCUGAACUGAUGACUCAAUGUUUCUUUCUUGUAAUAACUAGUAGUUACAGCAAUGAGUGUACAGAGCAACAAGGUGCCUUUCUAUUUUCAGCCCAGCUGUCUGUUGUACAGUGAGUGGAUGAUGCUGUUGUAGUGGCUUGAUAUGCAGCCACCACUGGUAUAAUUUAGUGCAGCUGGACUGUAAUAAUUGCUAGCUCAGGUAGACACACAUGCAGUAGCUUUGAUUGAGUGACCAUGAUAAAAAUAGGAGAGUAGUCAGUGGCACAGCCUGUGGCUUCAGCUAGCUGCCCAAAUGCACACCCAGGAUCUUGACACAGGAUUAGGCUCUGGUGCUAGCCUGUGCAUGGUGACUACACUUCUGUUUUUAGCCUGCUAGCUCAAUCAAAGCAACUACAUACGCACCUACCUAAGCUGGAAAUUACAUCUCUAGCUGCAGCCUCAACACUUUGAGUUGGGGUGGGGGAGUGUUUGUCUCUAUAAACACACACAAGAAUUUUGAUUCCAGAGUAAUGAUGGAACAGCCCAAAAUCAGUGCAAAGGAUGAUAGUCUUUAGCGGAGGUUGGUUGAUAACUAGAUGGAAAGAGCAGGUUAAUGGCCUGAGACAGCAUACUGUCAAAUGGGUAAUUUUUGCACAUGGUGCAUUUUCAGAUGUCACUGGCCAUAGCAAAUCUACGCUUGAGGGUAUGUGGUUAAAUAGCACUAUUGGUUUAAUGUGCAAGCUUAGCUGCAUCUCUGUGUUAUGCUAACAAAUAAUGACUUCUGUGGGCU